UUCGUAUGAUCUUCAUGUCCCAUUCGUGUGCUCCGGUAUCCCUGAUUGAACCUGUGUGUACCGACCUUCGUCCGUUCUCCGACCAACCUUUUGGCAAAACUUGAUUUUCUACGAGUGUGACUAAAAGAAGCAAAAAAGAAUGACGAGCAGCUCGAAGCGGAAAGAAGAAAGUCAUUUGCUGAAUGGGAGUGUAAAACAUUCCACAUGGAGCAAAGCGUUCAACAGUAACGCCGUUUGGGAGGAGAAGGAUGAGUUUUUAGAUGUGAUCUACUGGCUGCGGCAAAUAAUCGCAGUGAUCCUCGGUGUCAUUUGGGGGGUUGCCCCACUCAAAGGAUUUCUGGGAAUAGCCAUUUUCUGCAUCAUCAACGCUGGCCUUCUCUACUUAUACUUCAGCAGUUUUCAGCAGAUUGACGAGGAAGAGUAUGGUGGAACAUGGGAGCUUACCAAAGAAGGCUUCAUGACAUCUUUUGCACUGUUUCUGGUGGUGUGGAUAAUAUUUUACACAGCUCUCCACUUUGACUGAAAGGAUUCCACCGGACGCUUAAUGCGAACAUUUGUGUCAUUAAAGCAGGAAGUUCAUGGCUUCUAUGGUGCUGACCUGCCUGCUAACAGUAUGACUCCUCUAAGCACGGCAUUAUGGGAAAAGUAGUUUGAAGAUGAACUUAAAGAAAUCAGUUUGUAUUAUUGCUCGGCUGCUUUUUUUUUUUUUUAAAAAAAGGUGAUUAACCUCACCAUUUGUCAUCCUUGUGUCCUUGUCAUUGUUUGACAAAACACUAAAGAAUACAAAAGUACAGUGGCUCUGGUUCGAGUUUUCAUGGAUCAAAUCAAAGCGUUGAUUAAAAAAUGGACUAUG